AUGACACCCGAAUUGAUUUGUCAGAUACACAUCCUCGCGAGGAGCCAAGGCGCGCCGAGUUUCCCGCAAGGCGGAGGCGCGGACGCCCGCUCCGAUCGAUGCGGCGAGCGGGGGAAUGGCGGAAGUGGAGGCAUCGCCGCUGCGGCGACGAGCGGAGCAGUAGCAGCAGCGACAGUGGCGAAUAACCAGCUGUCGAGCGCUUUUGCCUGCCGCGAUGGCUCACUGGGGACCCUCCCCGGCCCCGUCACGGGCGACGGCGCAAGCUCUGGUGGAAGCUCCAGCGGAGACGGCGAUAGCCCCCGGGCGGGGGAAGAACCCGCGGAAGCAGCGGAAACGACGGCGCCCGCGGCGGCAGCGGACGCGACGGCGGCGGCAACGGCGGCGGCGAUGGCGGCGUGGGAGCAGCACCAGUGGUCGCGCGGACUAGCGGAGUUGGUGAGCGCGGACGGGCACCGGUGGCUCAAGUACGGCGCCAAGAAGCUCAGCACCAAGAACGGCGGGCAGCGCAGGGCGUACUACCGUUGCGCGGCCAGCUCCCCCCACCACCGCACAGCAGGGUCCUCCCCAUGCCCCGCGCGCAAGGUGGUAAACUCGCACCCUCUGCGCCCCUUCGACCUGAGCGCUGUGACUGUGGAGUAUGUGUCCGAGCACAACCACCCUGUGGAGAGAGAGCGCUUGGUUCUGCGUGACUAUAAAGGCCGGCGGGUUCCGCGCGCUGGGAACGAUGGGGCUGCUGCUGGUGAAGAUGGGGUGAUUGUGGAGAGUGCUGAUGUCAGCCCGGCCAUUGCUGCUGAUGGCGAAGCCUGGACUGCCGCAGUUGCUGCUGCUGCUGCUGCUGCUGCUGCUGCAGUCGAUGACAGAGGUGUGUCGCAUGAUGAUUUUCCUUUUGAGGAGGACACUCCCCAGCUCAGAGAUUUUAUGGGUGUGGGUGGCAAGGAGUCUAGCCAAGGAAUGUGCGUGAAAGGUGCAGCGGAGCACGAUAUUUCUCGCAGCAACAGUAGUGUUACAGAACAUUGUGUGGAGCCUGUGGAGCAGCCUUUAUUGAGGACUGGUGCAGCAGACAGGGGGAGUGAGGGUGUUGAUGGUCAAGUGGAUGUGGAACUGCAUCUAGCCUGCACGUAUGGCAGUGCAGAGCAACGAAUCAACCUGUUUGCUGGGGAGGGGGUUGAGGGUUGCCAAACAGGUUUCAAAGGAAUGAGGUUCAGUGAGGGUGGCUGCUACACUGGAGUUUUUGGAAUGGGUGCAGUUGCAUGA